AUGGCCGAGACUAUAGAAAAUGGUACAGUCAACAAUCCUCAAGACCAUGAUGAUGCCUCAACUAUAGAUGACAGUUCCAUCGAUGAUUCCCUGGCUUCUCUGCGAUCGAGUAUUCUUGAUUAUCGCAGGGAAAAUGGACGCACGUACCACAGAGUCAGUGAUGGGAAGUACUAUCUUCCUAACGAUGAGACGGAAAAAGACCGUUUAGAUUUCACCAACCAUUUAUGGAUACUUGCAUGGGACGGAAACCUUUGCAACUGCCCCAAAGUCAAAGGCGCCAAGCGAGUUUUGGACGUUGGAACCGGGACGGGUAUCUGGGCCCUUGAUUAUGCGGACGCUCAUCCCGAAGCAACCGUUAUCGGUGCCGAUCUGAGCCCUAUCCAACCCGCUUACGUUCCGCCCAAUUGCAGUUUCGAAAUCGAUGAUCUUGAGAAAGAAUGGACUUGGACCGAGCUUUUCGACUUCAUAUUGAUUCGAUCAAUGGUUGGAAGUUUCAGCAGCUGGUCUGACACUAUCAAACAAGCUUACGACAACCUGGAACCGGGAGGCUAUCUUGAGAUCCAAGACAAUGAGUUCCCUAUCUUCUGUGAUGAUGGUUCCAUGCCUGAAGACUCUCAAGUGCUGAAGUGGACUCAGCUUGUUAUUGAAGCCACGAACAUUGUGGGGAAGUCAAUGACUGUUGCGCCUACUUUCAAGCAAUUGCUCGAGGAUGCCGGCUUUGAAGAUGUCCAGGUACGCCAAGAGAAAUGGCCCAUUAGCCCAUGGCAGCAAAAGGAUCCGAAGCAGAGGGAGCUGGGGAUUUGCUGCCGAGCGGGUACCCUCGAAAGCCUUGAGCCAGUCUGCAUGGCCUUGUUCACGCGCGUGCUUGGCUGGACUCGAGAAGAGGUCUUCGUAUUCUGCGCUGGGGUCAGGGAUGAAUUGAAACAGCAGAAAGUCCACGGCUACUUCAAUGCAUAUGCUGCUUGGGGCCGGAAGCCCGAGAAGAAGGAGGGGGAGGAGGAGGCCAGUUAG